CGAGUUAGUCGUGAAUUUUAUUUGUUAAAUAAACUGAAGAUGAAAAUUUUUCUAAGUCUUUUUGUUUGCUGUUUUCUGAUUGAAGUAAACGCUGAUUGCUGGUAUGCUCCACCUGGUUAUGGAGCCGAGGAUGGAAAGAUUUACAAGGAUGGAGAUGAACUACAAAAUGGAAAAUGUUUCAGCGUAAAAUGUGACAACAAUUCAUGGGUUGGUAGCAGGUGUGCUGAAUAUCAUUGUAUAGACCAAAUUGGGAACACCGGCUACAAUUAUUCGAAACCGUUUCCUGAAUGCUGUCCUAGACCGAUAUGUAAAUCAGAUCUAGAAAAAAAAUUGAAAAAGCGAUCAUUAAAAAUUUUCAGACUUUGA